GCGGAGGGCAUACGGUACGUACUUGAUACGGUCUCAAAAAAGCGCGCCAUUCUUCGGUGCUGAGCGGCUCGCCGAUUCCCCAAAAUUUCGCCAGAAUCGCGCGGGUCCAGAAGUCGACCACGGAUUCGGGCUCGAAGAUAUCGAAUCCGUGGUUGGUGGGUUUGUAUCCGAGCUCCUCCAGAGCCAGUCUCAUUGCUGAAAUGUUGUCAGUCCAUAAAAUUCGAGCCGCUUUACUGCAACAGACUGACAAGCAGUCCCCGUACGCGAGUGGCCAAAGGCAAGGACCUUGGGACCGAAGUUCUGAUAGAGCCAGGCAGAUAAAUCAGCGCCUUCUUUGACGACUCUGUACGAAAUGAGUGGAAACGGUCUGUGAUUAUCUCAAUGAUCCAAAAACACAACACAUGGCGAGAAACCAAAUAUAUAUUACGGCCGAUUCAGCACCGGCACUUCCCUUGGCCAGACAAUCGGCGCGGCUGAUUUGCAAGUCGUGUCCGAUGAUCGUUUCUGUGCUUUUGGAUCGUCCAUCUCGUCCUGGUGGUCAGCUCAAUCUUACAACAGGUAUGGUUGGGUGAUUGUGGGAUACCUAGCUGUCUUUCCGUGUUUGAGCGUUUCUGUGUAGCAUCGGGACCUUCCGGACGGGCUCAUGUUCAAUUUUCU